AGCUUGUGCCAGAAGACCUUUAAUAAUAGAUUUAAGCAGCUAUCAUCAUGCAGACCUCUUCUUUGCAGUGCACGCACAGCGAGCUGGUUUCAACACCUAGCCGCAGUGUUCGUAUUCUUCCCUCGGCAUUCAUGCCUCGCAAGGCUUGCAGCUCUGGAAGACCGAAAGUUCUGGCUCGGGUUGCACAACCGUCAGUGGGGAACGCCCAAGCCUUGGAGAGCGCGGUGCUUCAGCAGAGGGAACAGAACAGCGCAGAGGUGGAUGAGCAAGCAAAAAGCAAUGCCUCCACAAGCGGCACUGAUGGAGAAGAUCUGGCUGUUGAGCUCGCAAAGAUAGCAAAUGAUGUGAAGGGAGAAGAGAUUUCAGUGCUUCACGUGGCCCCCUUGGUCUACUGGACAUCCUAUCUUGUGCUUGUGACUGUGAAUUCCAGGCCGCAGCUGCAGGCCGUCAUUGCCAGGAUGGAACGCAGAGCCAAGGAGCUGGAUAGAGAGUCGAGCUUUGUGUCACGUGGAAGGAGUGCUUGGGAGGUGCUGGACUUUGGGGAUGUGGUCGUGCACAUUUUUACUCCGGACCAGCGCGAGUACUAUGAUCUUGAAAGCUUUUACGGCGCAGCCGAGGAAGUUUCACUGCCAUUCAUUUCAGAGCAGCGUUCAAGCCCUGACUGGGCAAGCCAGCUGCGCUAGAUCUGUUUCACAAUGGAUGAUGUUUGGACAACCCUGUGGGAAUGCAGGAACUUCUAGAAUCAAGAUCUUGAAGGCAAUCGUCUUUUUGCAUGACCAGGCCAACGCAUGACUGUAGUCUGCAUUUGUUUUGUGGAUGGGCAUCCUCUAGAAUUUGAGAACAGAAACAACACUAACACUGAUAAAAAAAUUAUGG